UGACAUCCUUGAAAACCGAGUUCCUUCGGGACUUAUUGUUGACUACCGCAAUCUCUUGUCUCAAUGUGAAGCGAGUUACAGGAAAUUUUUAAAUCUGAGAAGCAGUUUGUCAAACUGUAGCUCUGAUUCUGAGCAGGAAAACAUCCCCAUGGUGGAAGGGUUAAAAUUGUAUUCAGAGAUCGAACAGUUGAAACAAAAGCUAAAACUCAUUGAGAAUCCUUUGUUGAGAUAUGUGUUUUGUUAUCAGAAGAAUUGUAAUGUCCAAGCAAAGGGCGUCCGUCCAAAUGGUCAGAAGGUCACCCAUGUGGUUGCCUGCACCAUGAUGACUGGUCUGCUGUGGUCCCUGCUCAGGGACAGGCUUUGUCAGGAGCCUAGUAAGGAAGCAAUAGAGAUUCAGUUCCAUGGUGAUCCAUUGUCUGCUAUAAAUGCCUGCUAUGAAGGUGACACUGUUAUUGUUUGUCCUGGCCAUUACGUGGUACAUGGCACAUUCUCCAUUGCUGACUCCAUUGAGUUGGAAGGAUAUGGUCUACCAGAUGAUAUUGUGAUAGAAAAGAGGGGCAAAGGAGACAUUUUUGUGGAUUGUACGGGCACAGAUAUUAAAAUCUCAAGCAUAAAAUUUGUUCAGCAUGAUGCUGUAGAAGGAAUCUUAAUCAUUCACCGUGGCAAGACGACGUUGGAAAACUGUGUACUGCAGUGUGAAACUACAGGGGUCACAGUACGAACAUCAGCAGAACUUUUAAUGAAGAAUUCAGAUUUAUAUGGUGCAAAGGACUUCUUAGAUGAGCAUUAUGACAUUUCCAAAAUAUCCAUGGUGAAUAAUGUCAUACACAAUAAUGAAGGUUAUGGCAUUAUCUUGGUGAAACCUACAAUUUUCUUUGACCUGCAAGAAAGUGUCCAAGAUGAAACUGAAGAAAAUAAUGCACUUAAAAUUCAGACCAGUGAAGAGGCCAGUGCAGCUGAAAGAGUGGAACUAGACAAGCUGAUUCAAUGUGCAACUGGUAAAAUGGAGCUUUAUGCAAGAUCUGACCUUUCUGAGCAAGUUGAAGACAAUUGUGAAAUUGUAAAUUACCUAGUUGCAGCCUCCACACAGAAGGGCCAGAUGAAGAAGAAAAGGUUGAGUGAGCUGGGGAUCAUGCAAGCUGAUGACAACUUGAUGUCACAGGAGAUGUUUGUUUCGAUUGUGGGGAACCAGUUCAAGUGGAAUGGGAAAGGGAGUUUUGGCACAUUUCUUUUCUGACCACUAUGAUAUAAAUAGCAAAAUACUGGAUUUUGCAUAUGCUGCCCCAAGAAUCACUGCUGCUGUCAUAGGUCGCUUCAUGUCUCUAUUUUAUAUUUGAUAUAUUCGAUUGGACUUGAGUGAAAUGUAGAUUUCUGUCUGCAGGUGUUGCAUAUACAAAACUCCAUCUUUAUAAGGAAGGCUAUAAAAACAUAUAAUAUGGAAAAUAUUUAGAGAUUUCUUCCUAGAAAGUCUUGCUUUCUCAAACAUGUAGUUCUCUCAUAUUAAGCCCGUUAGUUACUGUAGUGUAAAUACAUUUUAAUCUAGCACUUCAGAGAGGAGGAAAAAAGAGGGAAUGCAAGAUGAGUGCACAAAAAUGUGAUAGGUGUUAAAUGUACAGAGUUCUUACAGUUGUCUUUUUAUCCCAAUUACAGUGAGUCUGAUUUCCGUGUUAUAUUUGCAUAAUACCUGUCUUAAAAUAAAAGCUUUUGUGCUUGGGAGGUUAUCUGCCUAAUCAGUCUUCCUGAGAAUCUGAGUGGGAUGCAUUUUUAUGCUGAACUGUGUAAUCAUCAAAACAGUGAUGGAUAGCAUUGCAGGUGUGAAACAGAAGUGAGGUGUGUAUUCAGAGCCAGUGUGCACGCAGAGCACUUUACUGUUGCUGAAUACGAAUGAUUAAAAAGAGGGGUCAUUCCUUUUGCCAUAACAGUAUUCUGAUCAAAUUUCUUACACAGUCAAAAUGAUUACCUAUAUAACCUAUAUCAGCUCUGUGUUCUUGAUAUCAUAUUGUAAAACACAGCUUUAAAACAUAUUUAUAUUAAAAAUAUGUGAUAUUAAUAUGCCUACUGAUUAAAAUUA